UAAAAAUAUAUCAAUGGGUGCAAAAUCGUCACGGUGAGGCUGCUCGCAUUGUAGUUUGCCCUCCGCAAAAUCAAAAUCUGUGAGUAUGAACCUCUCUAUCUCUCUUAACGUAUAAAGGCGGGAAACACAGAAUUUCUCCCUCGGCUAUCAAACUCACCACCGCAAUACGUAGCUUCAGACUCUACCGCACUCUCUCUCCCUCCGCACUCUUCUUCAAUGCUUUCAGAAAUUCACUUUCUAAAUUUGCGGUAGCUUCAAUUUCUUCUGUUGAGAGGCCAUCUCCUCUUUGUGCGAAGCUCAACUCGAAAAAUGGAGAAACUCAGGCCAGCGUGGGCUGUCAAGGCAAUCAUCGUCAUCCUUUUCACUUCGAUUCUUUUCCGAUGCGUCUGCGGCGAGAAUCAUACCGUCGGCGGAGCCUCAGGCUGGGAUCUCCGUUCCAACAUCCAGGCCUGGUCGUCUACGACGACGUUUAAUAUCGGAGACGAUCUCGUAUUCUCGUACACGCCAGUUCACGAUGUGGUGGAGGUAAACCAACUAGGUUACGACACGUGUACGAUAACCAACGCCCUUGCCACGUAUGAUAAUGGAGAAACCGUGAUUCACUUAGGCGGAGCGGGAACACGAUACUUCGUGUGUGGCAGAAUGGGCCACUGUCAACAGGGCCUUAAACUCCAGGUCCAAGUUCUAGCCCAGUCCAACAACGGAAGCAACGACGAUCAAAACCAAGGCCCCGGCAGCACCACCUCUUCUCCUCCGCCUCCUUCUCCUCCGCAGCCUCGUUCCCCUCCUCGGCCUCCUUCUCCCCCGCCUCACGGUGUCGAACAACCUCCUGCAGAUGAGCCCUCACCCUGCGACUGUUCCGGUGCAGACGAGCGUUUUGGGGUGGUGCCGUUAAUUACGCUCGUAAUCGUGCUCGCUUUCGCCCGCGCUCCUUCUUCGCUUUUCCACGCCUCCGUUUUCAUCUCAUGCGUUUAAAUUGCUAGCUUGCUGCAUUUUAGUUUUACCUCGGCCUAUUGCUCAGGGCAUAUAUGAAUGUGUCGGUUUGAAAUUGAAUAAUGAGUAUGCUUUGUGCGGAUUCAAUGUGAAUAUUUCUCGGGAUGCAUGGUAUGUACUUUCCUUUCUUGUAAAGUACUAGUUGCAGCUCUGCAUGCAUAUUCAAACUGAAU